AAAACAUUGAGCGGACAUUCAUCUUAGACUCUUAGCUAAUGGCUUCAGUGGGUGUAGCACCUGCUUCUGGAUUGAGAGAAUCCCAAAUGGUUGGUGUUGAUAGGUUGCCUGAAGAGAUGAAUGACAUGAAAAUUAGAGAUGAUAAGGAAAUGGAGGCCACAGUGGUUGAUGGAAAUGGAACAGAGACAGGACAUAUAAUAGUGACCACUAUUGGUGGUCGGAAUGGCCAGCCGAAGCAGACAAUUAGCUAUAUGGCUGAGCGCAUAGUUGGACAGGGAUCAUUCGGAGUGGUGUUCCAAGCAAAGUGCUUAGAGACAGGCGAAAGUGUAGCUAUAAAGAAGGUUCUUCAAGACAAAAGAUACAAGAACAGAGAGUUGCAAACCAUGCGUCUUCUCGACCAUCCCAAUGUUGUGUCUUUGAAGCAUUGUUUCUUUUCUACCACGGAGAAGGACGAACUUUAUCUGAAUUUGGUACUUGAGUAUGUUCCUGAGACUGUUCAUCGUGUAAUCAAGCACUACAAUAAGUUGACCCAAAGGAUGCCGCUGAUAUACGUAAAGCUGUACACAUAUCAGAUCUUCAGGGCUUUGUCUUACAUUCAUCGCAGCAUUGGAGUUUGUCACCGUGACAUCAAGCCUCAAAACCUUUUGGUGAAUCCUCAUACCCACCAACUUAAACUAUGUGAUUUUGGAAGUGCCAAAGUUUUGGUGAAAGGGGAGCCCAAUAUCUCUUACAUCUGCUCUAGGUAUUAUAGAGCGCCUGAGCUUAUAUUUGGAGCAACAGAGUACACUACAGCUAUUGAUAUCUGGUCCGCUGGUUGUGUUCUUGCGGAGCUUCUUCUUGGACAGCCUUUGUUUCCUGGUGAGAGUGGGGUUGACCAGCUUGUUGAAAUUAUCAAGGUUUUGGGCACUCCAACUAGGGAGGAAAUUAAAUGCAUGAAUCCUAACUACACAGAGUUCAAAUUCCCACAAAUCAAAGCUCAUCCAUGGCAUAAGAUAUUCCAUAAGCGCAUGCCUCCAGAAGCGGUAGAUCUCGUUUCGAGACUGUUGCAAUACUCUCCUAACCUGCGCUGCACAGCUCUGGAUGCCUUGACACACUCUUUCUUUGACGAGCUACGUGAUCCUAACACUCGCCUUCCAAAUGGGCGUUUUCUGCCCCCACUCUUCAACUUUAAGCCUCAUGAGUUAAAGGGGGUCCCAGUGGAGGUUCUAGUGAAAUUGAUUCCUGAGCAUGCUCGGAAGCAGUGCCCUUUCCUCGGGUUGUGAGUUGAAGAAUAUGAAAAACAUGCUUGUGUUUCAUAAGGAAGCUAUGAAGAAUUUGAAAAACAUGCUUGUAUUCCCGUAAGGAAGCUUAUGUUUCUAUGUUCAUUGUUCCUGUUUCAUGUUUCUAUCUGUGUAUCACCUUGCUUGUAAAAACAGAUGUCGAAAAUGCUACUAAACUACUACCAUCUCUAACUGGUUUCUUGAUUGCCUUGUUUCCAUUUCAUCGAAGGAUUGUGAGUCUGACAUUUCAAGGAUUACUAUGAACAACUAUUGUAAUGAUCUAUUUGAUAUUUGGAGUUCAGUGUACUUUUAAGAGAGUUUGACAAAGCA